AUGUCUCAGCAAACCCCUGCCUACUACCCCGAGGGCUGGGAUCGCGAGCGCAUGCUCAAUGCCGGUGUUAACGACGAAAUCGGUACUCUGACCGAUGACCAGCUGAGCGUAUUCCGCGAGGGUCUAAGAGCGGAUAUAGGCGACCAAGGAUUUGACCAGUUCUUCGCGGAGAUGUCCAACCGGCGGAACGUCGCAAAGGGGACUGCGCCCAACCCCGUUGAUGUUGGUGAGCCGGCAUUCAUGGAGACCAUGCGUCUCCGCGAGGAGCGCUUCGGUGGUGCGCACCGGCUGGAGCAGUGGGGGUUCGUUGUCUUCAAGAGUCCGCGAAUUCGAGAUGAGGCGCAAUGGGACGCUUGCCGGCAGCGGUUUGAGGAAAUCGUUCGUGAGUCUACCGACUUCUAUCGCGGAUAUCCUGGGUUGGACGAGUGUCUUUCGAGGUUGAAGUUCCAGUGGGUGGAGGAUGCUGGUGAUGCCGACGGCAGUGUUGCGUCCAUCUCGCACGCAUACACCUCCAUGGUUCCACCCCGGGGGCUUGACCACAGCUUAUGUCUACACAUCACACCCGCAUCCCUAGACUCGAUCCUGAACUCACCCCUCCCAUCAACCGCCAACCGCAGGUACAGGAAGGACAUACCCUAUGUCCUCGCUGUUUCCGCGCACGCGGACCAAUAUGCCCGCAUGGCGGAAGAAGAAGAAGAGGAAGACAUCGCAGGCGCUGGCUGGCGCGGCUACUUCAACGUGGCUGUCGAGACUCUUCUCGAGUCCAUCUUCCCAAUGGUAGUGAAUGACACCAGGUCGCCUUUCGAGAUCGGUGGAAACAUCUCAGGCAAGGACGUGUAUUGUGAUCACACUCGAUGGGGUGUACAUAAGGCUGGGGUAGGUUACUGGGAUAAACGAACGCAGCAGGCUGGGACCGGGUUAUGA